AAUUAACAAAGUCUAAUAUUUAUACUACCAACUGUUUAUAUUACAUUAAAUAUACAUACAAAUAUAUUUUUGGAUAUUUUAAAUCAAAAUCACAAUCAUGCUUCAUCGACCUACUCUCAUGCCUGCAUCAAUGAAAUCAUCAUCAAAAUUCAACUUAUCCACUAAUUCAAAACAUUCAUCUCAAUCAAUUAAAAUGGAAAGUCAUCUAGAUGAUAACGGUGGUGAGACAGUUAUUGUACGACCUACAAAUCCAAAUGAAGAUCGUAUGAAACAAGAAGAUACAACAUUUGAUGAUGUAUUAAAGAAAGAACAAGAAGAUUAUGCAGAGCAAGAUUACAAUGGGAAUGAUGUAGACAUGAAUUCAAAUGACUCUCAUAUGAAAAGUGAAUCUCACAUUCCAGUGUCGAAUAGUAAAUUGGAUGAACCCACUGGAAAUGGAACUGCAGUCACCGUAACCACAGAUUCGGUUAAACCUAUUGGAAUUCUACCUCUGAAUGAUGCCAUUCACAAUUUACUCACAUUUACACCACAUGUUGCUCCCACCAUACAAAAUGUUCCACUUCAACCUAUACUGUCGAGUAAAAUGAAUGGAUCAGGAAGUGUGCAAUUGCCGAAUGUUGUUUCCAAUGCAUUGCCUACAUUGUGGCUUCAUUCUCCUGUUGUGAAUUCAACGGGAAUGAGUAUGCCUAAUGUGAAUAGUGUGACAGAUUUGACGAGUAAUAUUGUACAGAAUAGUGCGGCUGCACUGAAUCCACUUGUUGCUGCUGUGCUUGUGAAUUGUGCCACAGUGAACAUGAUAAGUCAGCUAGCUGGAUCUAUGUGUACUCCGAUGGUGAACAGCAGCAUGAUCGAUGGUAAUGUUAAUUGUAGUAAUGUGAACAAUAAUAGUACCCACACUAGUAGUGCUUGUAGUGUUAAUAGUGGUAGUGUUGGUGUAGGUGUUGGUGUUGGUGGUGUCGGUGUUGGUGGUAGUGGUGGUAGUAGUAGUAGUAGUGGAGUCAACACUGUAAUAAUCCCUACAGCGUCAUUACUUCCCAAUUUGUUAUCUGCGAUUCCGUUGUCUACGUAUAUAUCGGGAUUAGGACUGAAUACAAGUGGAGGUAUAAUUACUGCACCAAAUAGUUUGUGUAAUGUUGGCGUUACUAGUACAGUUGUCUCGUCUGCUGCAACUCUCAAUACGAACAAUAAUAACAAUAAUAAUAUUGGUGGUAUAAUUGUGACACCAUCGAAUGUUGAUAAUAUUAUGGUUUCACUGUCAUCUUGUAGAAAUCAAGCUGAAAGCAAUGAUGUGAUGUAUAAUACUGAAAGAUCCGUUGUAAAUAAUUCAUCUAAUGAAAUUAUUAAGAAUAUUGAGAAUAAUAAUGGUGAUAAUAAUAGUGCAACAACUGUAAAAUCCGAAUCAUUCCAGUCAUAUAUGAUAAUUCCUGAUUCCAGAACAAUGUUUAGCACUAAGCCUACAAGAGAAUUGAAGAAGUAUCACUGUACAUAUCCAGGAUGUGACAAAUCGUAUGCUAAACGAUGUCAGUUGAAUCAACAUAUAUCAACGCAUAUGAUUACUGAUCCGAUAUCUUGUGAUGUACCGAAUUGUAAUGUGAAAUACUUUUCAGAGGAGGAUUUAAAAAGACAUAAAUCAUCUGAACAUUCAUCAGUCGAUCAGGAUUCGAGUCGUCAACAUGCUUGUACAAUUCCUGAAUGCAGUAAAUCCUAUUCGGAGUUGAAUAAAAUCACGAAACAUCCCGAAAUAACUACUAUUUCACCAGAUGUGCUAACUAAAUCAACGGAACCAGUGGAAACGAGAAAUGCAAUAUCGAUAGCACCGAAUGUUAAGAAAAAUCUCCCACCUAUUGCACCAAAAUCAACCUUAUCUCUUCCCAAAAAUUUGGUUUUUCGAAAUGUUUGUACAUAUCUUGGAUGUGGUAAAUCUUAUUCAUCAUUCAGCAAACUCAAGGUACAUUUAAGAUCGCAUAAGUAUGAAAGACAUUACGUUUGUAGAAAACCUGGUUGUGGUGCUACAUUUACUGAAUUGUCUGGAAUACGAUCUCACAAACUAUCCCACAUAUUCAUCCAUAAAUGUUCCGGACGAUUGGAUCAAUAUCCCAUCACUAUGGUUAGUAAUAUAUUCCGAACAAGUCUUGAUACUUCUGAACCAAUAUUGAAUACUCAUGGUAGCUCUGAAAUAACUACUAUUUUACCAGAUGUGUUACCUAAAUCAACAAAACCAACUGAAAUUACAAGUGAAAUAUCGAUAGCACCGAAUAUCUAUAAAAAUCGCACUCUCCCACUCGUUGCACCAAAAUCAAGUGCACCUCUUCUUAAACCGUCUAUUCCCACGGUAAGUUGGGAUUCCGCAAUGAAAUCACCUCAUGUUUGUCCAUUUAAAGAAUGUGGUAAAGCAUUCCUGAAACGAAAUAAACUACAUGAGCAUGUAUGUCGACAUACAGGUAUACGACCUUUUGUUUGUGACCAAUGUAAUGCAUCAUUCGUUCAAAGGUAUGAAUUACGUCGUCACAGUGUUAUCCACCUUCGUGGUGCACAACCAAGAAGUUUAUCACGUUUCCUCACAACUCCACAACAAACAAAUGAAACACUUGAAUCUAUUGUCACAAACAGUCAAAUUUCUGUCAGUACUACUCCCAUUACUAUUCCCAAUACUGAUACUAUUACUACUACUCAUACCACUUAUACUACCACUACUACUACUACUACUACUACUAAUAAUAAUAAUAAUAAUAAUAAUAAUACUAUUCCCACUGUUGCUACGACAGUUUCUUCAACCAGUUUUAUUUCAGAUACUACAAAUUCCACCAUAUCUACUGUCCCUGUUUCUAUCAAUACUCUUAAAGUUGAAGAAGAGUCACAACUCAUCAAAAUGGAAGAAAUUACUGAACAAUCAACAAGUUUGCAACCAUGUGAUACUGAUGAUCAGGUAACAGGCUGCAUUGAUAAAUAAUGUUAUCCACUUUGAAUUAUUUAAUUAUGAUUUUGACGAUUAUUUAAUGUAAACGGAAUGAUUGGUAACAUUUUUAUACAAAAAAUAUGACCCACUAUUAAUUCUCUUUGACGAUUUAGUAAUAAUGAUUGUAGUUGACUCAUUCAUUUGUAGUGCUCUUCUUUUUUUACAAAUGCCAUUCAUUCAUUAACCAAUUAACCAUUUGUAUGCUCACCAAUAAUUAGUAGUAGAAUAUGAACCAUGAAAUUUCGAUAGAUUUUAUCAUACCCAAAUUAAUAGCAUAUACUUUUUACACAUAAACAAGUGAAGUAAUCAGAUAUCAUCUAAUCAAACAGUAAGUUUCUCUAUUGUUACAUCGUUCUGUGUAGAUCACACUGGUCGGUUUGUGAGAUGCAUAUCAAAUUUUAUUCAUACCAAAUUGAGCUAGGAAAUUGUACCGAAGUCCAGAGAAAUAACGAGUAAAUGGUUGUACAUUCUUUCUUUCAUAGCUUGAGGGUAACCGUAGGCUAUGUGAUACUUUACUGUCCUGUCCCUAUAUCAUCAUUCCUCCCCUCUCUCUUUUCUCUUGGAUAAUAUGUGUAUGUGUGUGAGUGAGAGAAACUAAUAAUAACGCACAAACACAAUAGAAUGAAGAAAUCGAUUUUGUCUAGCUGCCAUAAUCAGAUAAACCAAACAGAUCUGUUUAGAGGAAAGAGAAAGACAAAAAUAGUGUGAAACAUAAAGACGAUAGACAGGAGAAAUACAUCAUGCUGACGUGUUUACGUAAUUGGCAGUUCGCAAACCGUGACUACAUGUGCUAAGCACCAAUGUUUGAUUUUUCUGAAGAAAUGAAUGUGGUUUCCACAUUCAUCAUCUGUUCAAUACGAAACGUGCCUCCAAAAUGGAAUAAAGUAUUGAAGGUAUCUGUUCCAAACUAUCAAUAUGUGUCAUUCAAUGAGAAUGACACCAGUCUAUCUCAUGCAAUUUACACUUGUGUAUGCGAUAUUAUUGGACGAAUGUUGUAUGGGUGGUGUGAGUGUGUUGUCAUAACGACAGAAUGUAAAUUGUUCUCAUUGAAUGAAUUGAAUGAAAAUGUGUUGUGCAACAGAUAACGUGUAAGUAGUGUGACCCUAAAUGCCCUGGAACGGCCAAGAGUGGGGAGAGUCCGCUCUCCCUCUCGAAAUUCUCUCACGUGGCCAUGCGUAUAUAGCCUCUGUCACGGAAGUCCUACUCACUGCUUUCGCGUGGCGAGGGUGUUGUCUACGAAAAUGAGAGGACGAAAAGCGAAUGUCCGGCGCUAUAACCGGAUCCCAAAACAAUGGUGCACAUGGGCUCUAGUAUCCUGCGGGAACAAAUGACGUAUGAACCAAUCGUUGGUCACCGACUACAAUGGGACUGCAUCUCCUUACGAUGCUCCACUGCCUUGUGGAUCAGAUCUUUAGGUUGAAGGCUCGGGGUGUGGCCCCUGGUAAAACUACCUGCUUCGGUUCGGGCACCCGGGUAGUAUCACAGCCCACACACAAAUCAAUUGAGAUCUGUGUGGCGCAUAUGUAUUUGAUGCCUCCUUGUACCAAUACCUAUGUGUUAAAAUAAAUAAUAAAUAAAUAAAUAGUGUGGCCUGUUUGAUGAAAAUCACUUAGAUCACACUAAUGAAUGUGUGUGACGAAGUCACCGAUAAUUGGUUUUUCAGAACCCCACGUACCUCACUCUUAUCUCCUUCAAGAUACUGCUGAUCUGUGAUAAGACAUUUGUCCCAACUCAGUUUCCAUUAUUCUCAACAUCACUGGAAGUCGUGAGAAAUCAGACUCUCCAACUGUAUCAUUGUUCCAUGUCCUUUCAUAAUCCUUGAUGUUUUGCACGAAUCGUGUGCACAGACGAUCUCUCCGAACUCAGUUCAUGAGCAAUCACGUGAACGGCGAACCGACAAUGGGCAAACACAGACAACCGUACACGUUCAGUGUUCUCAUCAAUAGCUGAUGUCGAUGGUUGUCCUGAUGUUGUACCAAUCACCCUUGUAGUUUUCUGACUCCUCACUAAAAAUUUUUUCGAUUAAUCACUGGAAUUUUCUUGUAUCUACUGAGCUGACGACUCACAUUUCUUCUCUUGUUCUUUUCUCUUCCAGAGUUCCACCCACACGUUACUCUACACACUCCUUCAGUCUAAACGUGAGACAUUACAAUCUUCAUAAAUAAUCGUCAACAUCUGAUGGAUUUCGUGAGAGUGUUUUCGAAGUUCCACUAAAAUAUUUGGUGGUUGAUCCGGUGUAAUUAAUUAUGAAACAUUAAACAAUGUACAUUAAACAAUUCGAAGUAAAACGAAAUAUAGUAUAAUAUAAUGUUUGAAUGAUCAGUUUUCUUAUUCGUGUUGUAUAUCUGAACUAAAUGUUCUCUCAUUUAAUGAAAUUUUCAAUUUUACUGCCGAAUGAAUUUGUAUCCUUAUUGGACAUCACAGAUAACAUUUAACUCUAAAAUUACAUUUCUUAACAUUAUCCACCUACAGCUAACAUAGAUAUUUCAAUAUUACAUUAUGUGGGUUCUGUUUGUACUGAACAUCACAGUCGAAUGUAACUUAUUUACACAAAAUAAAUAAUUUUUAAUAAU